UUUCACUUUUGUCUGCCAUGUCUUGACGUCGUCUUCUGUCGCCGCCGUUACAUAAACAUUAAUCUCGGCAAUGGGCCAGUCGCACUGGCCAAAACAAAAACUUGCUGCCAGUGCACAUUUUCACACAUAGCCGGAUUUUUAUUUUAUUAACUACUUUUCGUUCGCUUUUACGGAGCAGCAGCGGCCUACGCGUCGCUUGAAUUUCGGAUCUUAUGGAAGCUUGGUUAAAGCGCAGCCAGCUCAUUUGUAGACUCGAAUGUCAGCGGUGCACAAGCGCGGAACUCAGACAGCGGCUGGCAAACAAACAAACAACCAACAACCAUCUCUGAAGAUCGUACGUAGACUAUCGCUCCCAGCCAGGAUCAUCAAAUCCAUUCAUCGCAAUGGACUUUGACGAGUUUCGCGAAUUCGGCCACGCCUCUAUUGAGUUUAUUAUCAACUAUCUGAGCGGGAUCCGAGAGAGAGAUGUCCUGCCCAGCGUGGCUCCGUAUACCGUGAUCAACCAACUGCCCAAGGAAAUCCCAGAAAAGCCAGAGCAUUGGCGCGAGGUGCUGAAGGACCUAGAGAGCAUCAUCCUGCCCGGACUGACUCAUUGGCAGUCUCCGUAUUUCAAUGCCUUCUAUCCAUCUUCCUCGUCGGCAGGAUCAAUCGUUGGUGAACUACUGAUUGCGGGCAUUGGAGUCUUGGGCUUUAGCUGGAUUUGCAGUCCCGCCUGCACUGAGCUUGAAGUGGUGGUCAUGGACUGGCUGGCCAAGUUCCUGAAGCUACCCGAACACUUCCAGCAUGCCAGCGACGGACCUGGCGGUGGUGUGAUUCAAGGCUCGGCGAGUGAAGCAGUGCUGGUAGCUGUUCUGGCCGCUCGGGAGCAGGCCGUGAUCAGCUGCAAGGAGACGCAUCCCGAACUAAGCGAGAGCGAGGUCCGAGGCAAGUUAAUUGCCUACUCAUCCGACCAGAGCAACAGUUGCAUCGAGAAGGCGGGAGUACUGGCGGCCAUGCCCAUUAAGUUGCUGCCGGCCGACGACGAUCUGAUCCUGCGUGGCAAUACGCUGAGGAAGGCAAUCGAAGACGAUGUGGCAGCUGGACUGAUACCGGUCAUAUGUAUUGCCACCUUGGGCACCACAGGGACGUGCGCCUACGACGACAUCGAUUCGCUAGCCGAUGUCUGUCAAGCCUUGAAUGUGUGGCUGCACGUGGAUGCAGCAUAUGCAGGGGGCGGCUUUGCUCUUGAAGAGUGCACGGAACUGCGCAGGGGACUAGAUCGCGUGGACUCGCUGAAUUUCAACCUGCACAAGUUCAUGCUGGUUAAUUUUGACUGCUCGGCUAUGUGGCUGAAGGACGCAAACAAGGUAGUGGACAGCUUCAAUGUAGAUCGCAUUUACCUGAAGCACAAGCACGAGGGCCAAUCUCAGAUUCCGGACUUUCGCCACUGGCAGAUCCCCCUGGGCCGCCGUUUCCGUGCCCUCAAGGUGUGGAUUACUUUCCGCACGCUGGGCGCCGAGGGACUGCGCAGCCAUGUGCGUAAGCACAUCGCGCUGGCGCAACAAUUCGAGGCAUUUGUGAGGAACGACUCGCGUUUCGAAAUGGUUGCCCCCCAAGCACUGGGAUUGGUCUGCUUUCGUCCUAGAGGUGACAAUGAACACACCGCUCAGCUUCUUCAGCGACUCAUGGAGCGCAAAAAGAUCUACAUGGUGAAGGCGGAGCAUGCUGGACGCCAGUUCCUCAGAUUCGCCGUUUGCGGUAUGGAUGCAAAGCCCUCCGACAUUGAGUUUGCCUGGACAGAGAUCGAGACGCAGCUAACGGCCCUGCUGGCUGAGAAAUCGCUGGCUGCUCGGAAACCUAGCAAUGUCUCCGAGCUGACGCAGCACUUUCAGAUGCAUCUGGCCAGUGAUAGCGGGACCCACGAGAAGUCGCAGUGACGGAAAUAGCGCCCGAUUUAUAUACAAUUGAACUAUUUAUGUUUAGGAUGUCCUUAAGUUGUUUUGUAGAUGUUAGAAAUAAAUUCAAUUUAAAUCUGAAAAAA